CUUGAGACACGGUAAAAGGUAAGACCCAUUUUUUACUUUGUAAUAAUUUUUAGUUUUGAGUACUACUCCUAACUUGCUCGUCUUUCAAAUGAUAGACAAAAGCAUCAGGCUGCUCUUGACUAUUACUUUCAUCCUUUACCCAACACAACCCUUCGCCGCAUUUCUGUUGUAAAAACACAUCCCUUUUGUAAUAAUUUAGUGCGUUGCAGGUAUUGAUUCAGAAAUUUAUUACACUGGACAAUCUUUUUAAUAGACUUAUUUGUAAGAAGUAUUGGGAAAUAGAGAACAGUCAUUAUGGCAGGAGCUCAAGCAGGACUCGCAGUUCUAAACCAGGCGAUAGAAACUGGAACGAAAGGUUGGUGCUCAGUAUAGUGGAAGAUUGCAAAUUAGAUUCCUCGGAGUGUCUUUUUAUAUGGAAGCUUAACACAAUGUUGAUAGUUGCUCGAGUAACACAGUUGCUGUCCGGGAUUUCAUUCCCAUAUAAAUAUCGAAUACCUAUUAAGAUACUGGAUUGACAGGUUCAUUUCAGGUACUGAGUAGAAAUACCGCAACAACAAUGUCAAAUCGCAAAGAUUUCUAGUGGUUGCGGCGAGUCUAAAUAGAUGCCAUUCGAGGCAGGUGGAAUUUUACUAAAGCUACAGAGCAUUCCAUGCCAUUAUGGAAAUGGAGACUCGUAAUAAACAUUUGUUUUAUUUGCUCUCGCUUGAUGCUACUUCGAGUUAAAGGGGUAACCUUGUGAGAAAGACUCUUGUUGUUUGAGUUAGUGACCAGGUCAAAUCAGAACAAAAUUGCUGAGAAAGCUUUGGAACGAGGCUUCAAGUUCGAGUUACAGGAGAGCUCGAAAUAGUUAGCUUUGAAAACAGUACUACUCCACAAAGUGAUAUAUCUUGAAUUGCUUUAAACGAAUGAUUGCGGUAUUCUGAAAAGAUAACGUCAAUAUUUUAUUAACUUUUCAAGUUUCUUAUCUACGCAUUUAUUUUUAAUAUUCUUAGCCUUGGACAGUAUCUCUGAUUAUUAUUAUGAGAACGAGGCAAUAAUUGCUUGGUGGAACGACUGGAAGGCAAGAGACCAAAGAGCUCACAUAGAGAAAACCUAUAAUAAUGGUCGCUUCUCCAGAGAAAAACGCACAUUAGGUUUGUUAUUUAGAUCUUAUCCUUAUUUUGUUCAGCUUCAAUGAGGAACUGAUCAUUCUUCGAUAAUUGAUAUUUAUGAAGUUAUUUCUCACGUCACAUAUGCAAUCAUAGCCACUGAUAAACUGUUACAAGUACGACAUUUUAAGUUUAUGAUUUAGUAGCUAGAGAUGGUGUCAGUUAAAGAAAUAUGCAUUAUGAAGAAACGACCGUAAGAAUCAAUCAGGCUCGCUCCUUUUAGUAUUUCCCGACGUAAAGUGUUGCGUCCGAUGUUGAAAAAACUCAUAAUAGCAGGAAGGUAAAAUUGACUUUGC